AUGCAGCCUAUUGACAGCACAAGCCUGUGGCCUGCCUGGGCGCGCUGGCCAUUCCGCACCGGUGCAAGCGCCCGCGACCCCUGUGAGAACGGGGACGUCCGCCGCUACGGCCUCAAGCCGAUCCGCGAGAUGCCAUUCAUAGGGCUGUUCGAGGACCUGCGGGAUGUCAAGAAGUUUGAGGCCAGCGGUAUGACGUCUGCUCGUGGCAAGCUGUGGGUGGUCUUUGACAACCUCCACAGCCUGGGACGCAUCGAUGAGCACUUCCAGUUCCGCGACCCGGGCAACACUCUGCUCGGCCACACUGGGGAGGACAGCCAGUUCGAGGGCCUGUCUUACGACGAGAAGACCGGCCACUUUUACGUGAUUGAGGAGGUGGAGCUGGCGGUUGACGAGCGCACCAACACCUACAAAGUCAUAGAGAGGUGCCCCGUGCACUUCAAGAUCACCCACGAGAACAAGGGCUUUGAGGGCAUCCACUAUUUCCGUGACCCCAAGGACCCUAGCCGGGAGCUGCUGCUCGGUCUCUGCGAGGGAAACUAUUGCAGGGGUGGCAAGAAGGGCCGUGACCCCGGCAACGGCCGCAUCGUGGUGUCCCAGUUCUGGAAGAACUCCAGCGGUUGCGCCUGGGACGUGGUGAAGAUCGUGGACAUCCCUCCCUCGGCGAACUUCAUGGACUACUCGGGCAUUGACUUCCGCGGCGACAGGGUGGCCAUCACCAGCCAGGAAGACAGCGCUGUGUGGGUGGGGCGCUUUGACUUCCACGAGCUCGACUUUGUCGACACUGACAAGGCGCAGGUGUACCACUUCCCGCGCGACAACCACUGCGACAUGAUCUACUGCAAUGUGGAGGGCAUCGCCUGGCUGGACGACAUGCGCUUCAUCGUAUCGUCAGACAAGGCCAAGAAGACCCAGCCCUACCGCUGCACAGUCCACGACCAGUCCAUCGGCAUCUUCGCGCUGCCCUGA